CGCACUAUACAAACUCAGCAGCGGUGAACGCCUCUUCUUCAGUUUUCUCACAUAAAACUCUCUCUCUCUCUAUUAAACGCUCUUCCACGAUGGCGAUCGCUUCAGAAACGCAGACAGAGGAGAAGGUUCCAGCAGCAGAUGUGACAACAGUAACUAAGAAAAAGACAUGGAUUCUCAAUGAUUUCGACAUUGGGAAACCUCUUGGAAGGGGAAAGUUCGGUCAUGUUUACCUUGCAAGAGAAAAAAGGAGCAACCAUAUUGUGGCCCUUAAGGUGCUUUUCAAGAACCAGUUAAAACAGUCACAAGUCGAACACCAGCUUCGUCGUGAAGUGGAAAUUCAAAGUCAUCUCAGACACCCUAAUAUUUUGCGCCUUUAUGGCUACUUCUAUGACCAGAAGAGAGUAUAUUUGAUAUUGGAAUAUGCAGCUAAAGGAGAAUUGUACAAGGAACUACAAAGAUGCAAAUAUUUUAGUGAAAGACGAGCUGCUACUUAUGUUGCAUCGCUUGCCCGGGCCCUAAUUUACUGUCAUGGAAAACAUGUGAUUCAUAGAGAUAUAAAGCCUGAGAAUCUUUUAGUUGGGGCACAGGGAGAAUUAAAGAUUGCUGAUUUUGGGUGGUCGGUUCAUACGUUUAAUCGUAGGCGAACCAUGUGUGGCACAUUGGAUUACCUCCCGCCAGAAAUGGUGGAGAGUGUAGAACAUGAUGCCAGUGUAGAUAUAUGGAGUCUUGGUGUUCUUUGUUAUGAGUUUCUAUAUGGAAUUCCCCCUUUUGAAGCAAAAGAACAUUCAGACACUUACAAAAGAAUCAUGCAAGUUGACCUAAAAUUCCCUCCAAAACCUAUGGUAUCGUCUAGUGCGAAGGACCUAAUAACUCAGAUGCUUGUCAAGGAUUCUUCGCAACGAUUAGCUCUACACAAGGUCCUUGAGCAUCCAUGGGUUAUUAACAAUGCAGACCCUUCUGGCAUCUAUAAGUAUUAGUGGGAAAUGUGAAGAAUGAAUGAAUGAUUAAUCAUUGUUUUGAACUUCUAUAUUUGAUUGUAGAAAAAAAAAAUAUCUUUCACUGUUAUACUUUUAUAUCCAAUGGCAUAUAUCAAUCAAUGGCUUCUUUUUUUACAUGUGAAAAUAUAUAUA